AGAGGGACUUCAGCGCUUGUGGUGCAUGCAUCAAAAUUCUCUAUCUCCGAACUCUAAGUACGACGAAACAAUCGCGCAAGGCGGAUAGUUUGAAAUUUACGCGUGUACUAUAGCGAGUACUAAUUCGAACGUAUAUUUUAAAGAAAAAUCGGUUAUAUUUCUUUGUAAGAAUAUAAGACUUUUAUUUCUUCUUUAAUUUCAAGUUGUGUGUAGUUCGUCGUGGUCGAAAAUAUGAGAAAAAGUUGCGGGAAGUUUUUUCUAAGAUGUCAACAAGCUCUAGUAUUUAUGCAAGAAAAUGACUGUUCUCAAAAGGAAGUAACCGAUCUAACAAAGUGAAAUUCAAAUAAAUCUACUCCAUUCCUUCGAUUGCCUUAGCGUUAGCAACCAAAGCAAUAAAUUUUCCUAACCUAAAAAAUGUCGAAAUCAUUAAUUCUCAUAAUCGAUUUAGAUACUAUAAUGACCGAUUCUUCACAACCUAUUAAAUCGUUUCUAGUAUGACCCUUCUCGAGCACAACCCAUGAGAGCCCCUUCCCCUUCACCCAAAUUACCCAAAAUGUUGUUACCAGAUAACCUGAUAAAGAUAAUAUUUAUACAGUUUUGCCUGUUGCUAACUUCAGUCCGUAGCGAAGGCCACGGACCUCUCAACGGUCGCGUUUACUUUGCUAUAGCGGCUACACCGAGCGCUCAAAGUUUCUCUAGAGCAUUCAAUAAAACACUAAUGAACAUGACUUCGAAUUUUUUAUCGGGAAGAAGCGGGAAAGUCAGUUUCAAUAUAAGUUUGGAGACGAUCGUCAUCGACUUACCGGAAAAUGGUAGUUUCAGUGCUAUUUUGCUGGAAGGGGUGUGCGAGAAGUUGGAAGAAAAACGUGUCGUGGCGGUUUUGAUUAUUGGUCAUUCGCCGGCGGCGUUUACGGUUUCGGUAACAGCCAAGCAUGCGGGAAUUCCCGUCUUAUGGGCCAGAGGCCAUGCACAAGUUUUGCCGGGGCUUCAGAGUUUAGAUUCUAGUCCACUGGAAGUGCACUUGGCGCCGACGGGUCGCGAACUCGUCCAUGCGCUCCGAGGUCUCCUUCUACAAGCCCACUGGCACACUUUCACCCUUUUGGCUGCUGAUCAAGCGACAGCGACGGCGUUGCGACGUCCUGAACUUUGGCAGGCGCUCGAUUCGACGCCCCUGCACCCGAUGCUCGUCGCCCUACCGACGCCGAUAAGGCCUCAAACAUUGUUCAGGAAACUAGCUGAUUUAUCGAGGUCUUCCAGAGGCGUCGUUAUCCUUCUAAGUGACCGUAGUAGUUGUAUUAGAAUCCUCGAGGACGCGAAAAGACUUAAUAUGAUGGACGGUCAUUUUGUAUGGAUUUGGAUCGAUACCGCGGCAGUUAUCACUAUCAAAAACACCACAACUGUAGACGAAGAAAGAGAUGGUAGAGAUAAGGACGAUCGUCUUAAACGUAGUAUAGAUAACGAUAUAAGUGAUAUGCAUAUAAGUUAUUUGUUAAGAAAUGACCAGUUCCUUUUGUUAAAUAACCAAAAUUAUGGCGUAGAAAGUUCUAAAUCAACAAGGGAUGUUUAUCCUCAAAAGCCGCAAUAUUCAGGGGAUGAACUCCCACCCGGAUUACUUAGUGUUAAACCACUUUCGAUCAAAGUAGAUAGACAAUUAGUGAAAGGUGCAGUGCGUUUAUUGGUAUAUACAUUCAAGCAAGUCUUGAACCAGACCCCUGAAUGGAUGCUGGACAACUUACUGAAUGGACAAAAUAAUGGCUGUUGGAAAAAUAGUGGACGAGAAAUAAGUUUUAUUAGUGAAUUUGCAAGAGAAUUGAAAUCAGCAUGUUCAAAGGCAUUAGCUGGCAUAAAAUUCACACAAGAAAUUGGCGUUGACAAAGUGGACAAAUCAUUAGUUGCAAACUUCGAAAUUCUGAAUUUAGUUCCCGAUACUAGUAUCUACACCAACAGAUCUGAACCAGAAAAUUCGUCUUCCCGGCAUAAUAUAAAAUGGAAACGUGUUGGUAUAGUAUCAGGUCGUUCGGUACGAUUGGAUACCAUAAUUUGGCCUGGUGGCGAUCUUUCGGUAGCCGCUGUUUCAUCUAGAGCGAGAACAGUCUUCAGAGUAGUUACAGCUUUAGCUCCUCCUUUCGUUAUGGAAAGUGAGCUUGAUGAAGAUGGACAGUGUCUUAGAGGUCUUCCAUGUCAUCGCGUUUUGACUUCGGACAAAGACAACCUCACUCUAGUUUUCAACGAAAUGCGGAGACUAGAGGAAGAGGAAGACGACGCACAAAACGACCAAUCAGAAUUUUCGGAUUACAAACAAUUCACCAGCGAUUACGGUGACGAUGACGAACAGUUUUUCCCUUUUCAAAAAUUCAAAUACAAGACAAACUGUUGCUAUGGACUUUCGAUGGAUCUUCUAGAAAACGUUGCUCAAGAACUAGAAUUCGAUUUUAGGUUAUAUAUAGUUGCUGAUGGUCUCUUUGGUUCGAGGACAGUGCAAAUGAAUAAUAAAAGGUCCGAGAGGGAUGUUGGGAAGAAAUUUUUGAGUUAUAGGUUUAAAGACGGUCAUGUGAAAAGCGAACGAGUCAAAGAAUUAAAUGUAGACGAUGCUAAUAUAAAAUGGAACGGGAUUGUUGGCGAUUUAGUUUCAGGAGCGGCCCACAUGUCGUUCGCCGCCUUAAGUGUUUCGAGUGCAAGAAGUGAAGUGAUCGAUUUCAGCGUUCCUUAUUUUUUUAGCGGAGUCUCGUUUCUAGCGGCUCCCCAACAGAAAUCCGAAAUACCUUUGAUGGCUUUUUUGUUACCUUUUUCGCCAGAAUUGUGGAUCGCUAUUUUCACAAGUUUGAAUAUAACUGCAAUAGCAGUAGCAAUUUACGAGUGGUUAAGUCCUUUUGGGCUCAAUCCUUGGGGUAGACAACGAUCAAAAAACUUCAGCAUGUCUUCGGCGCUUUGGGUGAUGUGGGGACUUUUGUGCGGGCAUCUCGUUGCUUUUAAAGCGCCUAAAAGUUGGCCGAACAAGUUUUUAAUCAACGUAUGGGGUGGGUUUUCCGUGAUAUUCGUGGCGAGUUAUACCGCUAACAUUGCGGCGUUGAUAGCUGGAUUAUUUUUCCAUAAUACUGUUAGUAACUAUCAUGAUAGGAGUCUAUUAAGUCAAAAAGUGGGAGCUCCUAGAUCCUCAGCAGCCGAAUAUUAUGUACAAAGAGCGAACCAACUACUCUGGCAACACAUACAUAAAUAUUCCUUAGAAAACAUUGAAGAAGGCGUUAUAAAGCUUCGAAACGGUUCUUUGGAUAUAUUGAUUGCUGAUACACCGAUUCUGGAUUACUAUAGGGCUACCGAUCAUGGUUGCAAGCUGCAAAAAAUCGGAGACAGCAUCAACGAAGAUACGUAUGCUAUUGGAAUGACAAAGGGGUUUCCUUUGAAAGAUAGUAUAUCUGCGGUAAUAGCCAAAUAUUCUAACAACGGCUAUAUGGAUAUACUGCAAGAAAAGUGGUACGGCGGUCUUCCGUGUUUCAAAUUAGCAACCGAAAUGGCACAACCUCGACCUUUGGGUGUGGCUGCAGUCACAGGUGUUUUCAUCCUCCUUGGAGUUGGUAUGGCUCUGGGUCUACUAAUCUUGUUAGUUGAACAUCUUUUCUUUCGGUACACCUUACCUAUUUUGAGGGAUAAACCCAAAGGAAGCAUUUGGCGAAGCAGAAAUAUCAUGUUCUUUAGCCAGAAGCUGUAUCGGUUCAUCAAUUGCGUGGAAUUAGUUUCACCCCAUCACGCCGCUAGAGAAUUAGUCCACACCAUUAGACAAGGACAGAUAACCAGCCUGUUCCAGAAAAGUAUCAAAAGGAAGGAACACGAACAGCGGAGACGCAGGAAAAGUAAAGCUCAAUUUUUCGAAAUGAUACAAGAAAUUCGCAGCACCAUCCGUAGGCAACAACAAGAAGAAAGGGAGCCACCAUUAGAAUCUGUGACGGAAGUUGAUUCUGAGUACCAGUUGAGUCCCGACGAGAAGAAAUCAAAGCUUAGUCCGAGUAUUAUCAAAAGAACAUUUCUAAGGAGUAGCCCUAAAGGUGAUAACGGCAAUAAAAUGAAAUCACCUACAACGUACCUUAGCAAACAACUUUUCAGUCCUCGUUCAAAAAAUAAAACGAAGAGUUCAUCAAAUUUGAAUGUCCGUAGAUUUAGUAGCGACAGUGUGUUCAAUUCACACUCCUUAAAUAAUAAAGACUACAGCACCGCGGUUGGUAGGAGACUAAGCAAAGAUGCUUCAGCUUUUUUAUCGAGUUCUCCACCAGACAUCAACAGUCGUAGAUCCAGCUAUUUAGAUAUAAUUAGCUCGGGAAGCAAAUUAGCCGGAAAAAGUCCAAUUUUAUCGAUAGAAAACCUCUCAGAUUGUAGCAAGUAUUCAGAACCGAUGAGAAAGCUCUCAGACUCGGAAAGUAUUGGAAAAAAGUUAGCCACUUUACCUAGAUAUCAAGAAUCCGUCGACAAGCAUCGUUUGUUACAGCCGCAACAUAGUUUGACAUUGGGUAAGAGUGAUGAAACUUUGAGUAAAAGUUUGAUACCCGAAAAUGUAACACAGGCUAGAAGUUAUAAUAAUGUGUCACAAACCGGCGUCAACGAAAAAAAUAACUUGUCUGAUGAUGAAAUUGCUAGAAGGAAUAAAAAAACCAUCGAUCAGUUACAGAGUGUAAUCGUUAAUAAACCUAGACCACCGCUCAAACGAAGUACAGACAAUAAUCCGAAACAAAACGCCAAUCCACAAAUAAGAAUUCAAGUAGAAGAUACCUCUAAAAAUGAAGCUAGCCACCCUCCUCUCGUCAGAAAAUCGAAAGCAAGACAUCAAAGUUUCAGUGACUCGACAGGGUUAACCGAAACGAGCAAGCGUAACAAGCUAACAGAACAAUCUAAAUCUUUAGAUAGUGGUAAUCCAGUUACAUCCGACAGAAAAAAACCUCGACAGAGAUCAAAAUCUAGAGAAGACGAUUUACCACCCGCUCCCCCACCUCCCAAUUGUUCUCCAAGAAACUCCAAUGGUCGAUCUCCUCUGGAGCGCUUAUCAAAAGACGAAUUGGUUUUGCUGUGGAGAAGUUCCGAGUCGGAGCUUAGAAGUCAUUUAUUGAAGGCGCUGCGCGACAAAGAAGAACCGAUAGAAGAACCGUCUUGAAGAGAGUAAAGAGGAAAUCUUACUUUCUGUGACUUAAAAGCCAAUUUUGGCAGACAAUUUGGAAAAGCUCUGCGUUUUUUUAUGAUCAUCGACCACUAUUAUCAGCAUGUUUUAAAACGAGUCAUAAAAAUUUUUAGAAAAAAAAAAUAUAAAAA